AUGCUUAAUCACGCUGAUUCGCUCCAUGAGAACUGCCCUGAAUGUCCAGACAGAUUGAAAAUCACUUAUCAACAAUGCUGCGAAUUUGGUUUGGUUGAUCGUUGUCUUCUAAUGCAGCCACAUCCUGUAAAUGAUGAACUUUUACGUUUGGCACACACACAAAGUUAUAUUGAUGAUGUGGCUGCCACUGCUGCAAUGAGUGAUGAGUCUAGGUCUGAGUACGUGAAAAGGUUUGAUAGUGCCUCCUUUAACGAAGCUACCUACACUGCAGCCCGUUUGGCUGUUGGUGCUUUGACCCACGCGGUUGACGUUGUAACACGAGGAGAUACACGAAACGCAUUCUGCUUGGUGAGGCCACCUGGUCAUCACGCAAUGGAAGAUGAACCCUGUGGUUACUGUGUUUUUAAUAAUGUUGAAAUUGCGGCCAAGCAUGCAUUGCACCAGCAUGAGGCAAAUAGGGUCCUCUACUUUUCUAUUCAUCGUUAUGAUCAAGGAAACUACUGGCCUUCCUUGCGUGAAUCAGACUACGAUUUUGUUGGUCAAGGACCCAGUUAUGGAUACAACAUCAAUGUUCCUCUUGAUGGGAUAGACUACUCAGACAUUGACUAUUUAACUAUUUUCAACAUCCUUCUGAUGCCCAUCGCAUAUGAGUUUGGUCCUGAUCUCGUAAUCGUUUCUGCCGGCUACGACUGUGCCCUUGGUUGUCCCUACGGGUGUUUUUCCCUGUCGCCGGCCGUUUUCGCUCACUUAACCAACCGUCUUAUGGUUUUGGCAGAUGGAAAGGUGAUUGUUGCAUUAGAGGGCGGUUAUAACGUGCAAUCUCUCAGUGAUGGCGUGGCGCAUACGAUAUCUGCCCUUUUGGGUGAUCCAUUGCCUCCACUCGAGCCCCUUAAAGCGGUUUUGUCAGGGCAGCAGCCUGAAUGUCCUGCGCGAAUUCGUCGUGCUUAUGAAUUGUUGGAAGAAUAUGGCCUUGCAAGACGAUGCAAACGAACUGAGGCCCGUGUGGCGAGUGAGAUGGAGUUACUUCGGGUUCACAGUCAGGAGUACAUUGAUUCAUUGAAGUCUACGGCCACAAUGCCACAAGAUGCUAUUAACGAGUAUGCUGAGCGGUUUCAAUCCGUUUUUAUCAAUAAGCACACGUAUGACUCUGCCUCACUUGCUGCCGGCUCCCUUCUCUCUGUCGUUGAUGAUGUAUGCAACGGUGAGGCUUUGCAUGGAGUGGCUGUGAUCAGGCCUCCUGGUCACCAUGCAGAAUCCGACCGAUGCAUGGGCUUCUGUUUCUUCAAUAACGUCGCUCUGGCUGUUCGCCACGCACAAGACUUCCACGGAUUGAAAAAGAUUGCUGUUAUUGACUGGGAUAUCCACCAUGGUAAUGGUCUCCAACAUAUCUUCGAAGGGGACCCCAGCGUUCUCUGCCUUUCGAUCCAUCGUUUUGAUGGCGGACGCUAUUUUCCAAAUUCCCCUGAUGCUGACGCCGAAUUUUGCGGAGAUGGCGAUGGUGUUGGAAAGAUAGUCAAUAUACCAUGGAAUGGGCGACCCAUACGCGACGGUGACUACAUAGCUGUAUUUCUGCAUGUUGUUCUUCCAAUUCUCUACGAUUUUCGUCCUGAACUCACCAUCGUUGCGGCCGGCUUUGAUGCUUCCCGAGGAGACCACUUGGGAGGAGUGAGUGUCUCCAUGGAAUGUUUUGGUCACUUAACUCAUCUCCUGGUUGCCGCAUCGACUCUGAAUAACCCGUUGGAAAGAGGGGGGGAGCGGAGACGUCGAGGUGUCAUUUUGGCCUUGGAGGGCGGCUACAACCUCACGGCCACUGCUGAGGCCCUUAGCCAUUGCGUCGCUACGCUGCUCUCCGAUACCUGUCUCCGGCUGCCCAGCGGCCUUAUGCCCACCGAUAAGUGGGUUUCAUCUCCUCCCUGCCUUCCUAUCCCUCCGUUUGUGUUUUCCUUAUGUUUAUACAAUUUUUUUUCACCAAUCUUUUUUACUGCCAUGGUCUGGUCUUCAUCCAGUACACCAAGGCUACUUUGUAAAUACACCGUGACAAAUCUCGUUUUCUCCCUUCUUUCUGCACGAACUCGUCUUCAUGUUUUUUGA